UUCAGGUUAUGUGAGUGUAUAAUAGGUUGUUGUUCCCGCCGUCGCCAAUUGGCAGCCAGAUCCAUACGUAUUGGCCAUCAAACAACUGAAAAAUUCCCUCCAAAUGUUAUACGCAAUCAAAAAUAUAAUUUCAUAUCAUUUUUCCCCUUGGUAUUGUUUGAACAGUUCAAAUUCUUCUUGAAUCUCUACUUUCUUGUAAUGGCAACAUCCCAGUUCAUACCAGAACUUCGUAUUGGAUAUUUGUAUACUUACUGGGGUCCUUUAGGAUUUGUUAUUUUGGUUACUAUGAUUCGUGAAGCAGUCGAUGAUGUGAGGAGAAGGCAGCGAGACAAUGAAGUCAAUCAACAGAGAUACAAGAAGUUAACUUCUCUUGGGGGUCAACGCACAAUAACCAGUGCCAACAUCAAAGUUGGUGACUUAAUAUUUGUAGAGAAGGACCAGCGAGUACCUGCAGAUAUGGUCUUUUUACGUACAACUGAGACUAAUGGUGCCUGCUUUAUAAGAACUGAUCAGCUAGAUGGUGAAACAGACUGGAAGUUACGUCUAGCUGUUCCUGCUACUCAGAAACUAGAUUCAAAUGAAGAACUAUUUUCAAUGGAUGCUACUGUGUAUGCUGAAAAACCCCAGAAGGAUAUUCACAAUUUCAUAGGAAAUUUUGCUAAGGAACAAAUCAAGUUUAUAUUAGGUCCCGAGGACCCACCUUCCAUUCUCUUUCUCACUGUGUCACUUCCUUUCAGUGAAAUCAAGUACGUUGAGCAGUUACCUACGACUGAUGAUCCAAAGGUGCUCAUGCACUUGCAGUCAUUUGCUAAUUUACAACUCUUCAGUUGUUUAAUCUUUAUAACUGGCAUGCCUGAGGAUAUCUCAACCAAGAUUUGGACAAAGUUAAAAUGGGCUUGUCUUCUGUUUUUAGCAGUAUUAGGUCUGACAUUAGUUAUGAUGUGUCUCAAAGGAUUUGGAGGGCCAUGGUACAGGUACUUCUUCAGGUUUCUUCUUCUCUUUUCUUACAUCAUUCCAAUCAGCUUGCGAGUGAAUUUAGAUGUUGGGAAAACUUUUUACUCAUGGGUUAUUCAACGAGAUCAAGAGAUGCCUGGAACUGUUGUAAGAUCGACCACCAUUCCUGAAGAACUUGGACGUAUUAAUUACCUAUUAACAGACAAGACAGGAACUCUCACCCAGAAUGAAAUGGUAUUCAAGAUUCUUCACCUGGGUACUGUAGCCUAUGGUACGGACACAUUUGAUGAGGUUGAAACCCAUGUGAAAACUUUCAUCAGUAAAGAAACUAGUAGCAAUGCUGGUGGAGCUACAGCUACACCUACGCGCAUGAGACGAACAGUUGUAACUCGAGUAGGAGAAGCUGUGAAGGCCAUUGCUCUCUGUCAUAAUGUAACUCCAGUUCAUGAAGACGAUGCUGGUUCUCCUGUAGAGGAGUCUGGGGACAUUCAAACUCAACGAAGUGUAGCAUACCAAGCAUCCAGUCCUGAUGAGGUUUCAUUAGUACGGUGGACAGAAAGUGUAGGUUUAGCUUUAGUCCAUCGUGAUUUAACAACUUUGACGUUACGCAGUCCUACCGGUGCCUUGCUCAAGUACACUGUUCUACAGAUUUUUCCAUUUACUUCAGAAACCAAAAGAAUGGGCAUCAUUGUGAGGGAAGAGGCAACAGGUCAGAUAGUAUUAUAUAUGAAAGGUGCUGACACUGUUAUGGCAACAAUGGUCGAGUAUAACGAUUGGUUAGAGGAAGAAUGUAUCAACCUAGCCCAGAAAGGUCUUCGCACAUUAGUGGUGGCCCGAAAAGUAUUAACUCAGGAACAGUACAAUCAUUUUGAGCAACGAUAUUCAGCAGCGAAGCUGAGCAUGACAGAAAGAGGGAGUCGAAUAGCUGCUGUAAUUGAAAGCCUUGAGUGUGACUUAGAACUGUUAUGUCUCACUGGUGUUGAAGAUAAGCUGCAAACUAAUGUUAAGCAGACUCUUGAAUUACUCAGAAAUGCUGGAAUGAAGAUAUGGAUGUUGACUGGUGAUAAACUGGAAACUGCCACAUGCAUUGCCAAAAGCUCUCGUCUAGUGUCACCAAAUCAGGGACUUCACGUCAUGGGUAAUGUCACAGCCAGAAGAGAAGCACAUCUUGAGCUUAAUGCCUUGAGGAGAAAAAGUGAUUCAGCUCUUAUAAUCAAGGGAGAUGCCCUUGAAACAUGUCUUCAGUAUUAUGAGCACGAACUGAUGGAUCUUGCUGUUCAGUGUCCAGCUGUUGUUGUGUGCAGAUGUUCUCCAACACAAAAAGCUGCUGUUGUUCGCCUCAUUCAGCGGCAUACAGGAAAAAGAACAGCAGCUGUAGGUGAUGGUGGAAAUGAUGUUUCUAUGAUCCAAGCUGCAGAUGCAGGAAUUGGAAUUGUUGGAAAAGAAGGAAAACAGGCUUCAUUGGCAGCUGACUUUAGUAUAGAACAGUUUCAGCAUAUUGCCAGACUUUGCCUUGUUCAUGGGCGGGACUCUUACAAGCGGUCAGCAUCCCUGUCACAGUUUGUUAUGCAUCGUGGUUUAAUCAUUUCUACCAUACAAGCAAUAUUUUCUUCUAUAUUCUAUUUUUCAAGUGUUGCUUUGUACCAAGGAUUUUUGAUGGUUGGGUAUGCGACAUUCUACACAAACUUCCCGGUAUUUUCUCUUGUCUUGGACCGUGAUGUUUCUCCAAAUAUUGCUCUUACAUAUCCUGAGCUAUAUAAGGAUCUCACGAAAGGAAGAUCACUCUCUUAUAAAACAUUUUUCAUAUGGGUGUUAAUAAGUAUAUAUCAAGGUGGAGUUCUUAUGUAUGGAGCUAUGUUGCUUUUUGAAGAUGAGCUCAUUCAUGUUGUAAGCAUCAGCUUCACUUCACUGAUUUUAACAGAACUUCUCAUGGUGGGCCUAACUGUACGAACGUGGCAUCCUUUGAUGAUAGUAGCUCAUUUCCUCUCUCUUGGGUUCUACGCUUUGUCAAUCAUUUUUAUGCACUAUUUCGAUUGGGACUUCAUAAAAUCAAAGGACUUCUUUUGGAAAGUAGUCGUGAUAACCCUUGUAUCAUGCCUUCCACUGUAUGUGCUAAAAUUCUUACGAAGAAAGUUCACUCCACCAACUUACUCAAAACUAGAAGAAUUAAAUACCUUCGGCAGUUCUUCAUUGUCUCAGUCAAACCCAUGAAGUGCUCGAUUUAUUGUACUACUUCAGCCUCUCAUAUAUGAAUAACUAAUACAGUCGUAUAUUCUUUUUAGUAUAAUGUAGUCAGGUAGACAUAAAUGAAAGUGCCUCAAGCUUUUUAAUGCUAUAUUUAUUUCAUAGUUUUAGGCUGAAUGAGUGGUGUUUGAAACACUUCUAUUUUUCUGGGAGAUGUGAAACUUCUGACAGUAAAAGGAGCUUUGUAAUAUAUGUUGAUAUUUUGGUGUUGGUAUGAUCUUAAGUGGUAGUAUUCCAAAGUAGUAAGUGUAAUUUAUUCAUGAAUGGCAUUUUUGUUGAUACAUUUUCUGUCUUGUUUCAAAGUUAUUUAACUGUACAGUGCAUUGUAGGCAUUGCUAAAGGUUUUUUCACAUCCAUUUAUGCCCUGGCUGUGUUGCCCUUUGUCCUGUACUUAUCACCCUUUCCCAUAGCUCUUUCCAGUUUAGCUGAUCAACAUCAUCUUUUCCCUCUACAAUUUCUCAUUGAAGCAAUAAAAUAUGUGGGGGGAGUUGUAUUAUGAGAAUCUAAAAUUUUUAAUGAAAACACACAUAAAGAGCCCAAUGAUUGUCGUGAUGAUAAGGGAUGAUGAUAUGAGUUUAAUCAAUAGUGAACAUUUAUUUUUAUCAAGGAAAAUAUUUAAGUAAAUUUUAUUUUGAGAAAUUAGAUUUCAUUUAUGAUGUUCUUAGAAUCUAGUGACAGUAUUAUUGCAUAUUCAAAGAUUGAACCAAACAUUAUUCGUUUGGUUAAAGGUUGUAUAACGCUAUUUUUAGUUUACAUUAUCCUACCCCUUUUAUGUUUAAAUUACUUAUGAAGAUAUCAUUUUGUCUGAGACCCUGUACUACACUUUUCCAAAGUUUAUUUAAACUAGAGUGCUUCUUGAGUAAUAGGAUUUUUUUUUAAUUUUCUAAGGUUUGACAAAGAAAUUUAGUGAAGAAGCUUUUAAUGCACUGCAAUCACAAAACUAAUCCGAUUAUGUCUUUUUAUUUAAGUUGUGCUUUUGAAAUGCAUUAUAUAUUAUUUACUAUCAGUUUCUGUUAAGUAUACAUAUGUUGAUUUUGCAAUUGAUGCUUAGGAGCCUGAGAUGCUGCAUGAUGUGAUUUCAGAUGGGCAAAGGUUUUAACAUUCCAGAAUUAUUUAGUAUGAAGGGUAAAAAUCUUUUUAAUACCUGUACUUCAUUACUGUGAGUAGAAGUUGAGAAAAAUUUCAUAUUACCUGUAUGUUUUGCUUUUAUUGAUUAAGGCGGCCAAAUUUACAUUAAAGAAUGUUGGCUUUGUUUAUGGGUGAGUAGAAGAAAUGGGCAGUUUCAAUAUCUUACAUGUUUUACUUAUUGAAUUCAAAUCGCCAAAUUAUUAUACGUACUCAUCAUAAAACAUAAAAAAGGAUAGAAAAAUAUGUAAACAACUGAGUUUCCCAUAUUUUUGUUUAAACUGGUAUUUAUCAUGAGUCUGGCUUCAAUUGGGAGAGAUAGCAUAGGGUUUCCUUAAUUCUUUGGAUGAAGACCAUUUCAAAAGCAUCAUUUACACUGAUUUUGGAGCCAUUUGGUAUCUGGCUCCUGCUGCCCUGAAUGAUUUUUAUCAGUUAGUUAAAACAUAAAAUGAGUAAAAGUUGUGUUGUGGAGUUUCAAGUUAUUGAAUCUACACUGUACAAUAUUUGAGUUUGAGCUGAACUAUCAGGGGAGUGUUCUUAAAUGUGAUCAAAUUCUCCUAAUUGUUUAAUGUAAAGUAUAUUCCCUUGCUAGUAUGUAAUUGAUAAGCUACUGAAAAGAUUAAAACAAUUAUAUGAAUAAAAAACCUCUGAAACAAAAUUCUUGUUAAUGAGAGACAUUUUUUUUUAUUCUAGUCAGUGCCAGUUAACAGUGGAAAUUAAGAUGAGUAUAUGAAUAUAAAGUUGUAGAGGAGGAGGUGAUUGUAAUGUCAAAUCAGAAUAUAUUACAUGGAAUGGUAGUGGUGGAUACUGGGAAGCACUUGAUAUUUCAUAGAAUGCAUAAAAAUUAAAUUUUUUGCAUUUUUUAAAACCCCACUGAAGAAUAUACUCAUCCAAGUUAAAAAGAAUGAGAUAGAACUUCAUGAGUUUGCUGAUUUUAAUAGUCAAAUUAGGUGCUGUUAAAUUUAAGUAGCCAUAUCAUGUGGUGUACGUAUUCAGGAUUACCUACUGUAUAAUGCAUUUGCCAAAGUUUUCCAAGAGACCUCUGUCAUAAGUAUUUGUUUUGUAUUACUAAGUUAAGCUAAAUUACUGAAUAUAGUUAAACUGGUCCAGUUUGGUAACUGUUAAAACAGACCAGCAUGUUAAAAUUCCUUAUAUAAUUUGGAUAUCUGGGACAAGAUCAGUUUUCAUAGUGCUUUUGUUGAAAUCGACCUGAUAUCGUAUUAUAAGGGAAGUAUGGUAUUCAGAUUUACCAACAAAUGUUGUAUGAAUGAUGAUAAAUAUUUGAUGCAUCAAUUAUAAUACUAUAUCGAGAACAUACAGAACAAGAACUUGAUUUAAAGCCAUUUUAAGUGCAAAGCUUUCUAAUUUUAUCCAUCAUCAUACAAAUAAGAUGAAUUGGAUAAUACUGGAAUGGAUAUUUGCAUGUAGUUUUAUUGGUUUUUAAGAUGGCUUAAAAUGGAUAUGAAACAUACACAUUUGGUUUUAGUGAAAGAGGGGUUCAAUUAGUAAAAGUCUUCUGUUCUUAGAUGUAUCUAUCAUGGCUGCAUGGAUUUGAAUGAUAAAAACAAAAUAGCUGCUGUAUUUAUUGUAAGCAUAGAUUUUAUAUAUUUUUCCAUAUCUGUGGUCUUCUCUGACUGGUAGUGAAUAUAGAAAUCUCUCGAGUCCAUUUAGUAUUAAUUGGGAUGAAUCUUACCUACUGUUAAAGUUAGCUUACAUCUUUGUGCCGUAAAGUAUGAUUGGAAAUAAAAUAAAAAACUUUGUUGACCCAGAUGGACUGUCUACAAUCACCUGUUUUCCAUUAGGUGGUGAUGGAAUGUUUACAUUCAUGUCAAAAUUCUUCCUGCCAUGUGUGCUGUAUGAAUUGGCUGUACUAAUUUUGAUUAUUAUUUCCUUGGAAUUUCUGUGCGGUAUAUUGUGUUUCUUUUCUGCUUGCAUUUUGUUGUCUACAGCAGAGGUAGAAGUGUUAAGGCUCUGUAGAAAUGAGUUGUGUAAACCAAAUGUGUUCAGUUGAGCAUGAUGGUUGUACAGUAUGUAAUCUGUAGGGGUCAUGAGUGUGAUUUUUCUUCUCCUUUCUCUCACUGUGAAGCAAGCAAAGAUUGGUCUGAUGAGAACAUGAAUAAUUUUGUGAAGUAUGGAAGCUAUGGAAGAUCUAUUGAUUGUGUAGACAAUUAGUAAGGUUUGGCCAAAAGCCUACUCUCUCCCUUCUUCUGGUGAUGCUUCUCACACUACUCCAGCUCCUUCUCAUGUAGACUUUGUGGUUCACCAGAAAUGGAUAGGUAAAUGUCAGUAAGAUAUGAGUUUACUUCUGUAGUCUGUAGGGCAUUCGUCUGAAUUUACUAUGGGUAAGGAUCAUGAUUUCCCCCUAAGCGAUCAACCUUUUUUGCUUUCCUUCCCAUGAGAGGUGUCAGAACCUUUGUCAGUUUGUAGUCUCCCCUCUGAACUGCCCUGCAACAGUAAGUCUUCUCCUCUUCCAAGGAACCAAGGCAUGCCUUGGAACAGAGGUCUGUGCCCUUUGCAGUCUCUCUCUCUCACCUGUCUCUACUUUGCAGUCUCUAUUAAUUGUCUUCUGUCUUGAAAUUGACUUAUUUUCUGAAAGAGUUAAGGGCUCAUGUCAACUGACCUUCAUUAGCAUUAUCUAGGCAUUAUAGGUAAGGUAUUCUAAUUACUUGAGUAGUUGUUUGUACCAUGCGUCAAUACUUAGGUUGUUCAAUCAUUUAUUUCUUCCAUAUCUGAUGAUAUCUCCCUCCCUCUCACUCACCCUCCCUUCCCCACUGCCUUGUAUUCCUCACCUUUUGACAAUUGUACCUAUUUGUACUGGUGGCCCUUCAUUUUCACUGCUUCUUGUGCUGUGCAGAUGGCUUCUACUGUCAUUGUAGCAAGGUAGUCCAUAGAGUCUAAACUUUCGUCUCUUGGAUUUGUAGUUGAAGGCUUGAAGCAUGAGGCAGGUGAUUUUUCUACCACGACCCUGGUGAUGUAAUGCGAGAAAACUGCCUUCUGUCCAACAGUGUGUCUCCCAACCAGUCAACUUGUCUUGUGAGUUACCUGCUCCCUCCCAGCCGUUUGGAAUGUCCCAACUACUUAUUGCGAAGUCAUAGCUGGCAUUAUGAGGUCUGUUACCAUCUGAGAUGCCUCCCAUCUCACUGUCCCAGUCUGCACAUUUUUUAGACAGGACAGAUUUUGACCUUAAUUCAGAGGAUUCUCCACUGAUCGGUGCUCUUUUGUUGGCUUGUAUUUCACUUAGUGUUCAAGCAAGUAAGAAGUAGUAGUUAUGUGAUUCUGUUAAGGUGCAUUUUGAGGCAAUCUCUAGUUUUACCAUUAAAAGCAGGUUCUCAGAAUGCAACUGCUUCACUCUUCAGUUUUAUGAAGCUGGUGUAGAAUUGUGACACAGGUAUCGUGCCCAGAUCAUCAUCCUUCCAUAUAAGACGAGUUUUUCCAGUUGCUUGAUGCAAAUUGAAGAGCUUUUGAAACUGUAAGGUUCUUUGGCCCAAAAGUGAACUGGAAGUGCUUUUGAAGUCUUUAUGUUGUUGACUUUGGUGCUUUCUUUUGUGGAACUUGCUGUUAGCAACACUGCUCAUUUAUUCCACCAA